GCCUAUCUCUGGCACUGCUUUUCCACUUCUUUUGCUAUCACUAUCGCUCUACCUAAAAGAUACUAUGCAGCAGCGUUGUGGCUUGAUGGUCGUGGCGCUCAUUGUUAUGGGCAUCACUUUCAUGACUUGGACACGACAUAUAAUAAGCGAUCGCACAACUGAUUGGCGCCCUUUGCAAUCAGCUGUUCCGAUUGAGUUGUUCGUAAUGUCCAAGUGCCCCGAUAAAGUCGAUUGUGAAGAAGUAAUCUCCAAAGUUUUGAAGCAAGUAAAGGUCCCUGUAUCUCUUGAUGUCAACUACAUUGCCAGACCAAAUAGCUCCGAGUCUCUUGGAUUUGAAUGUAAGCACGGACCAACCGAGUGUCUCGGAAACAUGCAGGAGUUGUGCUUCAAGAACAUAUAUCCUGAUAUUGAUGACUGGUUUCAUGGAUUCACGCUUUGCUUGAAUGAAAAAUAUGCGGAUAUUGGAGAAGAUGACAGCCUGCUGGCAGAGGAAUGUGGUACGUUAUCAAGUGAUAGAUGUCUUGUAUACAUCACAUACAAUUGUACAAAGUCAAAAACUGGCUCUCUCAUUACCUGUAUGUUAUGUAGCAAAACGGGUUGGAAAAGAUUAUGAACCAGUACAGACAUGUACUACUAACUCAGUCGGGGUCGAGCUGUUAGCAAAAUCAGUUGAGCGAACACAAAGCUUGAAUGUGGAGUAAGUAAUGCUGGACACACUUCUGUGCAUAGAAAAAACCUGAAUUUAACAGUACUGUGUGCUUUGCGUAAUAUCAAAAAUUGAAUAGAAAAAGUUGCACAAUCUUCAUUGAUAACAAAUUACGCUGUAUUCACGAUGAAGUAUGGAAGGU